AUGUCCAACUCUUCAUUGCACAACUUUCUUCGGCUGCACAAACGACAGCUGGACAUCAAAUUAUUCUGUAAAGUCGGAGUGGACAGCAAGCUGACAUUAACCAACCUUCAAGUUGCUUCAUCUACACUGGGAGAAGACGACAAAACAUUUGCAGAACAGGAUACAUCGAUGGCGAUGAAUUAACUGCAGAAUAGAGGGCACCAGAAAGGUUACAGCUUCCCAAAAAAGGGCAUCAGAUAGGUUGCAGCUUGAAAAGAGGACAUCAGCGAGGUUGUAACUUACCGAAAUAGAAAUUCAGCCAGGCUGUGACUUCCAGAGAGAGGACUUCAACAAAGUUGCUGCAUCCAAAAAAGAGGGUCAUCAGCAAGGUCGUCAUUUCAGGAACGUACGCGGUUGAAGCUUCCCUAUUAAGGGGUAUCGGCAAACUUGUGACUCUUCGCGACACAGGGUAUCAGUGAGAACUCGGAAUCCUAAAAAAAACAGCUAUCAGCAACAGGUCAGCUUCUCUUCAGAAGUCACCAUAGUCAGAUACUGAAAAUUUCCUCGACGAACAGUUACAGCCACUAUUGCCACGGACUGAUUUAGAGAAAUAGGACAAAGUAAGAGCAAAGUUUUUGCAGUAGAAGAACUGCAUUAGGUGUCACAAGUACAAAACAAGGACUGUACUGAAUCUGUAUAUGCUUAAUCUAUGUAGCGCUGCUUAACGUCAUUGUAAAUAAGAGUAGCGUUAACCUUAAUAGCGAGCACGAUACUGUCUGUUGACACCAGUAGUACAAGUAGAAAGUACAAACAGAAGAAAAUGUCAUCCUCCGGUGACAGUAAUGAAGCCGAAAUCGUAGGAAGUACUCCUGAUGUAAAGAAAACGCCUUCAUUUGAAGCAGCAAAGGGCGUUGUGCUAACCCUCAUGUCAGCCAUUGCUAUCUCUUUUUCCGCCGAAUUCACAGCAUUAAUAAGCAAGGAAGGCAUCCCAAGUUUCCAAAUCUUCUUCCUAAAGCGAUCGAUUGAGCUUCUGACCCUUGUUCCUAUUUUAGCAUUCUGGCGGCCAAAGUUAUACGGUGAAAACAGACGCCAGAAUUUCAUGUUGUUCCUAUUUGCAACGGUUACAAAUGUCUCUAUGGUUGCGUACUUUCUUUCUUUUGUCUACACAGUUCCAGGAAUCGCUUUUGGUAUCAUUCAAGGUUUGAUGCCGUUCUUUGUAGCCUGUAUCGGAUUUUUGGUCUUGAAGGAAUCUCUGAGUCUUGUGGAUGGUUUUGGGAUGGUCAUCAGCGUAUCAGGGGUUGUACUAGUGGCUGUUGGGAAUACACAGGUAGGGGGAUUGCCGACCAAGCUACUCGUCAUGUCAAUCGUUAUGCCUCUGCUUGCGUCGUUUGCCUUAGCCCCUGACGUGGUUAUUAUGCGGUACCUGACAGGAACACUUGGGGUGCCAAUAGUCACAGCAUUGCUGUAUCAAGAUACUUUGGGGGCAGUGGCUUGCCUGGGAAUAACAUACGCGGCAGAGAUUCCAGUCUGGACGAUGUCGUGGCGUACGGUGUUAUACGUGGUGGGACUUGGGGUGAGCAAGAGUCUUGGCACAUUUUUGCUCCUUGCAGCCUUGAAAUUUGUAAAAGCGUACAUCUCAACUACAGUGCGCAUGUUUGUCAUCCCGAUCACCCUGCUGCUUGACUACUUCUUUAUGCAGAAAAUACCACAUUCCUUCCAAGUGACAGGCAUGGUCUUGGUUAUGUUGGGAAUAGUCUUUGUUAGCGGGCAUACUUGGUGGCGGAAACAUCGUCAGAAGGAAUAUAACGUUUCAGUCUAAUUUUGAACAAGAAAAUGGAUAUUCCAAGACAAAGAAAAAUUGUGUGCCCAUGUCAUGGUGCCUUCUUAAAUGGAUCAAAACCAGCUGAAAAUCACCUCUCGAAACUUUACGGUCUGAUUCUAAAGAGAGAUAAGUCGGUAGGUAAAUUUAUCUCUUUUAGUUUUUUUUUUUUUAAUUUGUAAA